GUGGCUCUGGAUAAAAAAAAUAACGGGGCUAUUGAAAGCGUUAGCCUUAUAGUGGAUGCUCUGAGACAUCCGUACACGAGCGGGUCGGCAAAAAACUGUUUCCGGUCGUAACACAAACAAUCUCUCUCUCCUUUGUAUCUCCGAUUCCAAAUUUUCCGAUCGCCGACAGCCUAUCCGUUUUCACAGCCGUACAGAAACUCCACCGCCUAGCUUCAGUUCUUCUCACGCACUAAGUGUGAUCCACUGCGUGCUCGUGUGCACACACACCAUAUGCUUUGGAGAAGUCGAAAAUUCCCAAUUUAUACGAUUCAUUAGCUCGGAUGGAUAAGUAUAGAAUGUGAAUUUGAAGUAGGUAUUAGUAAAUACGAGUUUUGAUCGGUCAGAGAAAAGCUUCAGCGGUGAUAAUGAGAACUCUGUGCGACGUCUGCGAGAGCGCGGGGGCGAUUUUGUUCUGCGCCGCCGAUGAGGCGUCGCUCUGCCGCGCUUGUGAUGAUAAGGUUCAUAUGUGUAACAAGCUUGCUAGUAGGCACGUGCGAGUUGGACUAGCCGAGCCUAGUGAAGUCCCACGUUGUGACAUAUGUGAGAAUGCUCCUGCUUUCUUUUACUGUGAGGUCGAUGGAACUUCCCUUUGUCUACAAUGCGAUAUGAUCGUCCACGUUGGUGGCAAAAGAACCCAUGGAAGAUAUCUUUUGCUGAGGCAGAGAGUUGAGUUUCCAGGGGACAAACCUGGAAGUGGGAGCUUGGACGAGCCAGGAUCACAUAGACUGAAUCUUGGUGAAGCCAAGAGAGAACCUUCUCACAAGCCAACAAUUGGAGGAAACGAGGAUGUGGUAAAUCAUUGUGUUUCUGCUGAUCCAACUCCAGAAAACAACACUGAGAAUGAUGGGAACAUGGAGAAUAUGUUUAUCGACCUCAAUUCCAGACCUCAAAGGAUGCAUGGUCAACCUCCAACGCAUCAGGGACGUCGGGAUGGCGACAACAAUCAUCAGUCUGAAAGUGUCGUUCCAGAUGGAUACUUGAAAACGGAGCUUGAAAAGUAAUGAAGGACGACUUCUACUUUUUUUUUAUCUUUCAGCACGGACUGUGUUUUGGGUUUUGAACUGUAUCCAAAAUGGUUGUCUUGUUUAAAGUGCCCUCGUCUGCACUUUGCAGUCGAGAGAUGCAAUGAAGCUGGAGUUUGCUGUUGUAAUCAUCUAUACAAAAGAACUCCUUUUCACUUCACCUCACUGAAAUGUUUGAGGUUUCUAGUCGUGGAGAGAAACAUUUAGCCUAUAACAAAAUUGCUAUCUUAUUUAAAUUUCUCGAUCCUAUAAGGUAUUGUAGUGUACGUAUAAUGAGCUGUUGAAUACGCUAUUAUGUAAUCAAGAGGGGACAACCAUAGUUUCAUAGUGAAAUGCUAGAGUCAAUUGUUCUGAUC